AUGGACCACAAUGAUUUCGACACCGUGUCGUGGAGGAAUGACACUGAGAGUGAAGCCUCCGGCCCUGCGGCUAUGCACACCGACACCGAAGACACCGAGCCUUCGACUCAUGAUAUCAAUGGCAAGCGGCGGAUGAGCUCGGCAAGCGAAGAGCAGCUCCCGCCCACGCACGAUGAUAUGGGAGAUUUUUCGAGCCUUGACGGCGUGCUGGAGUGCUCUGUGGGCUCGCCGCUGAAGGAAAACGAUGGCACGAAGGAUGCCUAUGUGUCCUACCUUGUUACUACCCACACUGAUUUCAAAUCCUUCCAACAACCCGAGUUCUCUGUUCGACGGCGCUUUACGGAUUUCUACUACCUGUAUAAGACACUCUACAGAGAGUACCCAGCAUGUGCCGUCCCCCCGCUGCCGGACAAGCACAAGAUGGAAUACGUUCGGGGAGACAGGUUCGGUCCCGACUUCACCCAUCGCCGAGCGUGGUCGCUGCAUCGUUUCAUCAAACGCCUUACACUGCACCCGGUCCUCCGGCGCGCUCCGGUUUUGGUGGUGUUCCUUGAGUCGCCGGAUUGGAAUGCGCACAUGAGAAUGCGACCUUCGCGGGCUUCCACUAGCGGAUCGGAUGGUGGGCCAACAGGCAUCUUCGACAAUUUCGCAGACACGUUUGUCAACGCAUUCACCAAAGUUCAUAAACCGGAUAAGCGGUUCAUUGAGGUCAAAGAAAAGGCGGACAAGCUCGAUGAAGACUUGAACCAUGUUGAGAAGGUGGUUGCUCGCGUUGCGAGGCGGGAGAAUGAUUUGGAAACCGAUUACAGUGACCUUGCGAUGCAGUUCCGGAAACUUGUCGCAUUGGAACCUGACCUUGAAGUUCCUUUGCAAAUAUUUGCGGCUUCGAUAGAAGAGACCACCAGGGGGAUCAAGUCAUUGAAGGACCACACUGAUCAGAAUUACCUUGGCAGCCUUCGUGAUAUGGAGGCAUACAUAGUCUCUCUGAAGACGCUCUUGAAGACCCGAGAACAAAAGCAGCUUGAUUUUGAAGCUCUGGUCGACUACCGCAACAAGGCCGUUUCGGAUCGGGAUAAUCUGGCUAAUAAUCCUGCUUCAUAUCAUGCUACUAACCCCCUCACAAGUAAUCCUGCGUCUUUCAUUCGCUCCAAGAUGGAAGACAUGCGAGGUGUCGACCACGAGCAAUCCCGUCGAGAACGGGUGCGAAAGCUGGAACUUCGCAUUGACGAACUCACCCGUGAGGUUGAAAGCGCAAAGACCACGUCGGAGAUGUUUGACGAAGAAGUGGUCCGGGAAAUCGCCGACUUUGAGCGCAUCAAAGCCGUUGAGUUCCGGGACACUUUGGGCGCGAUGGCAGAGAAGCAUGUCGAGUUCUACCAGGGCGUGCUCGCGACUUGGGAAAGAUUCAUUGUCGAGAUGGAAGAUGGCGAAGAGGAGAGCGCGCACCAAAGAGAGAAUCAAAGGCCACCGAAUGAAGUGUCAUGA